GAAGUAUUCGUUCGUAUCGCUGGAUAGUUUCGAAGGCGAACUGGAAAGCAAUCCCAUUCCCUUGCCGGGUUUCGACAUAUUCACUAUUGCGAUUUACGACGAAGCAAUACUGUCACUCUCCUUUCAUCUUCACAGUUAAUCAGCCUAGUGCCCACUUUGAAAUUACAAAGUCAACUCAAAGUUUGUAAGAAAAAGUAAGCGUUCAUCACACAAGGUUCCACACUUCCCGCCAAAGAAAAUCAACACACCAACAACUCUCAAACGCCAUCCAUCCGACGAGAGGAUAAGGCCUCUAUGAUGUUACCUUGCAAGUACUUCAUAACUUCUACUGGGUGCGGCCGUGGUAAUACUUGUCAAUACAGCCAUGAUACCACCAUCACAACAAACACGCCCGAUCCAAUUCUUUUGUUGAUGUUUGGCAACGAAAACCAACCUCUUGGUCAGAAUCUACGUCCUAUAGCAACAAAGCUUAUCGCUUGUAGGUUCCUUGCGAAAGGUCAUUGUCAGAAGGGCGAAGACUGUCCUUUUAGCCAUGGAACUGAGCCAGCAGCUCCGUCGCAAAAAUCAUCUGUCACUCCACUCUGUAGCUUUUUUGCAAGAGGAAGAUGUCAAAGGGGUGACAACUGUCCUUUCAGUCAUGAGAUUGAAGUGGAAACUUCUUCGGAAACCCCGUUCCGCACAACCUGCAGUUUCUUUUCCAGAGGAAAGUGUACAAGGGGAAGCAAUUGCCUUUAUCUACAUACCUCAAUUGUGCCCGACCACAAAGAAACCAAGCAUCUAUAUACACAACAUACCAAGAAGACUGGGUCAAUUUCUUCCACCGCCACCGAUACAUCAUUUGAUGCUCUAAAUGUACCAUCUGCAGCCACCAAGAAUUAUGAUAAUGUACCAAACGGCAUGGUUGCACGCGCAAUUUCUGGAGUCUUAGCAAUAUUUGGAGAUGGAGGAAAAGUCUACAAAAUUUCAGUUCCAUCUGACUUUACAACCAUCCGAAUCACCGGCUUGCCACAGGAUACCAACAUUAAGUACAUUGAGACCAUGCUAGCUAGACUCGACCUUCCAACAUUUGGAUCUUGCAUUCGAAUUACUAGCAUUGGUACUCCGCCCUCCGUUCUUGCCUAUCUGCGACUUGAAGAUUCCACCGUCGGCUCGGUUUUGAGCGAAGAAUUAGAGUCUGGUUGGAGAAGAUUUAAGAUAUACUCCGGAUUAAAGGCGAGCCCAAUCCCUACGAAUUUGUUUCCCGUCUCUGGAUUUUCAAGUGAAGUUGACUUCCAUGAAGUGUUUUUGUCUUGGUAUCGAUCUUCUAAGAUGGCUGUCUUAAAAUAUGCAAAUGAGGAUAUCGCAAAUAUGAUAUGCAUCAACUUCAAUGACGGUUACUACAGAGUUUUAGGCAAACAUUUGGCCUGCGACUCGCCGAUAAUCUCUCACAUCUUGACCGAUCAAAAACACAAAUUAUUAUGUGUCUUAAAAAAUGUGCCCGCUUUUGCUGAUAAAGAGGACAUCUUAGGUGUGAUGGAUGAGAAAUACCGACCAGAUGAAUUUGAAAUUGGCAGACCGAGCUAUGAAGCAUCUGACGAAGCAUCUCGUGAAUAUGUCAAGAAAUUAUGCUCAGCCAUUGGCCCUGUGGAGUCUUGGAAUCCUGUUCAAGAUCCGGCUGCUAAGAGAGUUAAAGUAAGAGUUCGAUUUCAAGACGAGUCAGAUGUCUGGGAGGCGAUCGCACAAUUGAACAACAAGAACAUUGAGAUAUUGGGAAAGGGGAAACUCAUGGCUCAACAAAUCAUUUCAACUCAGUUCAAGGUUAUCACAAAGAUAUAUUUGGCUGUACAAUCGCAAGUUGAAGAAGACAGGAAGUCACUGAUAGAGCAGAAAAUUACUAUCAGAGCAUACCCAAGCACUGAUGUCGCGAAGAAGUUCACAACUUUAAAGAUUGAGGGGGAGCCCGGAGAGAAUUUUGCCAACGCCAAGAAUAGGCUUCAGAAGGUAUUAAUCGGUACGGUGGCUGUAGCAAGUGGUAAGCCAGUUUGGAAUGACUACUUCAUGCAACCAAUUGGAUUGAUGAAGAUUAAGAGAGUUGAAAACGAUUAUAACGUUGUUAUUGAUCGAGACAGAACAAGACAGCAACUUCGGCUUUAUGGUUUCUCCAGAGAUAUCGGCAACGCCCAGCAUACACUUCACAAAAUCAUUACAUCAGAAGUAGAAGGCUAUGCUAUUAAGCUCACUCCAAGUGACUUUUUGUGGGUAGCAGGUGGCGGAUUUGAUCAAAUCGUGUCAGUUCUUGGAAAAGAUGUUGCUUCGAUUGAUAUCUUGUCAAAUCCAAAGAAGAUCUUACUUUCUGGUAGUCCUAAAAACUACCAUACUGCCAUGACAAUCUUAAAGCUCGGGGGUGCUGCUACUAGCAAGAUUGACAAGGGAGAGACAUGCGAUGGCAAAGACAAUUGCAGCGUCUGCUGGUGUCCUGCUGAGUGUCCAGUCCGUACCAACUGUGGCCAUUUGUAUUGCCUUCAAUGCUUCGAGCAUCUAUGCUCAUUGAUCACAUCUAGUGACCUAGAGGUAUCUAUCAAUUGUACGGCUAUCGGAUGUGAUGCUGUCCUCUCUCUGCAAGAGAUUGAGCAAAAUCUACCAUCCAGAAGUUUUGAGCAGGUACUUGACGCAUCGUUCACUUCGUACAUACAUCAUCAUCGCGAUGAUUUUAAUUAUUGUCCAACUGUAGACUGUGAACAAGUCUACCGGGUCAAUAUCCCCACCAAAUCCCGCACUUGUGCCAAAUGUCUCGUUGAGACCUGUAGCCCAUGCCAUGCGUCUCAUCAAGGUCAAACAUGUGCAGACUACAAAUAUAAGAAGCAUGCUAGGGAUGAAGCACAUAUUAUGGAUGAAGAAAAAUGUUCUGAUCAUUUGAGCGUCAAAAAUGAAAAAUUGGGACUUGAGGAAGGUGUUGAAACAGACUUGGUUAGGCUUGAUGUUCCUAAAGUAAAACGGGGUAUGGGGUUCCACGGUACUCAAAUGCUCGAACGAAUUCAACAGGAGCUUGGUGGAUGGUAAAUACUGAGCCUUCGUGAGCGAGAUGCUUUUUUUUUUUCAAUCUUCGAGGAAACGUAGGUAUUGACAAGCUCUCUGAGCUGCCAUCAAUUGUGUUCCACGAACAAGGGAAAAUACGUAUUUGCAUGAUAAUAUCGGAGCGCUAUAUUACAGACUGCAUAAUGAAUUCGA